CGAAGUCAUAUCCGGUUCGCCAUUUUCUUUCUCUCAUUGUCGUGUACGAUUACGUUCUCGUUCAAGCACGUUUGUUAUCGAUCUUGCAUUUUCAGCAAUUUUUAAACGUUUAAAUCGUGUGCGACCGAUAGUUAGCCUGUACGUUAUACAAUAUAUUUCCAUAGACAAUUCAUUUCGAACCAUCGUAAUCGAUUAUCGAGUGCUAAAUGCGUGGUAUUUCAGAAAGCUCACCAACUCGCGCAAUGGCGGAGGAUUUAGAUGUGGAGGCAAUGCUGGAGGCGCCAUAUAAGAAAGGGAUGGAGCAGGACUCCUCAUCCAAAGACAAAUCCUCCAAGGAGAAUGGGUCUAGCCGUAAAUCAUCUGGGAAGAGUAAACAUCGCUCUCGUUCCCGUUCUCGUUCGAGAGAUCGCCGCGAGAAAGAUCGGCGUGAUCGUGACCGCGAUAGAGACAGAGAUCGAGAUCGCGAUCGGGACAGAGAUCGUGAUCGUGAUCGCGAUCGGGACCGUCGACGUAGAUCAAGAUCAAGGGACAGAAGAGACCGCGAUCGAGACAGAGAUGGCGACAGAGAUAGAGAUCGACGGGACAGGGAUCGGGAUCGAGACAGAAGAAGAAAACGAUCGCUCACGCCUAUUACGCUUCCCAGAGCGAGGAUGCCUUUUGGAAAGGGUGUCAGUCCCCUUGGCAUUAGGAACGAUGAGUUGACACCAGAAGAACGAGACGCCCGAACGGUGUUCUGUAUGCAAUUGAGUCAACGUAUACGCGCUCGUGAUCUAGAAGAAUUUUUCUCCAGUGUUGGCAAGGUUCAAGAUGUCAGACUUAUCACAUGCAACAAGACAAGAAGAUUCAAGGGUAUAGCAUACGUUGAGUUUAAGGAUCCUGAAAGCGUCACACUGGCGCUUGGUUUAUCGGGUCAGAAACUCCUUGGUGUUCCUAUUGUAGUGCAACAUACACAAGCGGAAAAGAAUCGUAUGGGCAAUUCCAUGCCGAAUUUAAUGCCAAAAGGACAAACAGGUCCCAUGAGAUUAUACGUUGGGUCUCUUCACUUCAAUAUCACUGAAGACAUGCUUCGUGGGAUUUUCGAACCGUUUGGAAAGAUUGACAACAUUCAACUAAUCAUGGAUCCAGAAACUGGACGAAGCAAAGGCUACGGUUUUUUAACCUUCAGAAAUGCCGAUGACGCUAAGAAAGCUUUAGAACAACUGAAUGGUUUUGAACUUGCUGGAAGACCUAUGAAAGUUGGCAAUGUCACAGAACGUACAGAUUUAAUACAAGGCCCAUCUCUUCUCGACACAGAUGAACUAGAUCGAAGUGGUAUCGACCUUGGCGCCACUGGAAGGUUACAAUUAAUGUUUAAACUAGCGGAAGGAACUGGACUUGAAAUUCCUCCUGCGGCUGCAAACGCGUUAAAUAUGGCUCCAGUUAUGUCUACACCACAACCACCUCCUCAAGCUGCUCCCCCAAUAGCAACGCAGUGCUUUAUGUUAUCGAACAUGUUUGAUCCACAAAAUGAGACAAAUCCAAACUGGGCAAAGGAAAUUCGCGAUGAUGUCAUAGAGGAAUGUAACAAACACGGUGGUGUGUUACACGUGUACGUGGAUCAGGCAUCUCCUCAGGGUAAUGUUUACGUUAAGUGUCCAUCGAUAGCAACCGCAGUGGCCGCUGUUAAUUCUCUGCAUGGCAGAUGGUUCGCCGGUCGAGUUAUAACAGCUGCUUAUGUGCCGGUUGUAAAUUAUCAUUCGCUGUUCCCAGACGCGAUGACCGCUUUGCAAUUAUUAGUACCAAGCGCGCCACGGAGAGGAAUGUGAUCUUAAAUAAGUGCAAACGCGGAAUAAUAACAAUGUAUAAAUUCUUAUAAUAGUAUUACGUUCUGUCUUACGGAAUCUGCAAGUAAAUGUUUGUUCAUCAUUAUACUACAAAUGAUUUGAAUUACUACGGUCCUUCAGUUGCUGAUAUCCGUGUGGCAACAUAAAAUAUCCAUGGGUUCAGGAGAAUAAACAUUUGCUUCGUCACUUUUUGUUUCAUCAAAGCGAUAAUGCAAGUCAUUCAUUAACAAAUUUAUAUCUUGUAAAUUUUUGAACGAUAGUUAUUCGACAUUAGUGAUUCCGACCAAUUAGUACAUGACGAUCUACGACGAAUCGCCGUCAACACAUUUGAAGUUUUUGUAGAAUAUUUACGUGCAUACACGUAUCGAAUUAUACUUUGACAUAUUCGUUAUGACACAAGGUAUUGAACAACUUCGUUGCCUUAUUUGUUAGAUGUACUUUGUAACAUUUUCUAUUUAAUAAUUCAUUAUCUGUUAUAAUCUGUAAUAUUGAAGUAAAAGCAAAUUUAAAAUGGACCGCGAAGAAAGAUAUGAUUCUCAUACAAACAUGUACUGAAGGUGGUAAUAUAAAGAAGAAAAUGUAGAAUUUCUGUUGUCAAAGUUUUGUGUUCAUUAAAAAGUAUACAUUGAGAA